UUUUGAAAUAAUGCGCACAUGCAGCCCGGAUGUGACAACUUCACUCUGACUGACACGAUUCUAAUAACUUGUUUUUAGUAAAAGUAAACAAGGAACGAAUAAUGGAAACAUGAUGACAUAAUGGACAGUGGGAAGCAAAGUCGUGCUUUACCCCCGCAAAGAAUAAGUGAAUCUUCAAAGGUGUAUCGAUGGGCAGAACAGGCUAACUAUCUCCUUCAAGGUUUGAAUGAGCAAAGGCAGCAUGGCCAGCUCUGUGAUGUCGUUCUGGUCGCUGACAACCAACGGGUCCCUGCCCAUCGAGCUUUGCUCGCGGUGUCCAGCCCCUACUUCCAGGCUAUGUUUACCCUGGGAAUGCGAGAGAAACACGAAGCCGAGGUCGAGCUGGUUGGAGCCUCGUACGUUGGUGUCAAAGCUGUAGUGGACUUCCUGUAUAGCGGGGAGUUACCUCUCGAUGGUGGAAACAUUGACUAUGUACUUGAGACUGCCCACAUGCUCCAAGUGUGGCAAGCGGUGGACUUCUGUUGCCAGUACAUGGAGAAAGAAGUACGUGAGGACAACUAUCUGUACCUGCAGGAGCUCGCUGUACUUUAUAGUCUGGAUAGGCUAGAUGCCUUCAUAGACCGAUUCAUUUUGGAGCAUUUUGCCACGCUGUCCAUCACACCUGAGUUUCUGCAGGAUGUACGGCUGUCCAAGCUUUGCACGUACCUGGCAGACGAGCAGGUCCAGCAUGAGAACGAGCAGGCUCUUCUAAAAGCCGCCUUGCAGUGGUUAAACCAAAGCCCCGAACGCCUCAAGUCCACCCAGCAGCUCCUCUCCAACAUUCGUUUUUCCCUCAUCGCACUCGAUGAACUUGUAGGGAGUGUAUUGCCGGCUGUUUGUUCACUGUCGCCUCUGGACGCUUGCUGCGAGGCCUUAGUGGAGGAGGCGCAGGACUAUCACAUUCGACUCAGCGCCCAACCUGUACGGCAGACGACACGCACGCGCCUCAGAGGAGGCGUGGAGCGUCUGCUGUUAGUGGGAGGGGAGGUGUCUGAACGUGGAGAGGAGUUGAGCUCUGAAGUGUGCUGGUUGGAUGAAGAAGCAGGAAAGUGGGUUGUCGAGACCGAGCUACCGGCUCAGAGGAGUCACCACUGCGUUACCGUCCUGGGGGGAUUUAUCUUUACAGCGGGUGGGAGCUCCUCACGUGACAAUGGGGGAGAUUCUGCAAGCAACUUGCUUUAUCGAUAUGAUCCCCGAAGUAACCAGUGGGUUAAGGGGGCUGCUAUGAACCAGCGGCGUGUGGAUUUCUUUUUGGGAACCAUGGGAGACUGUCUUAUAGCUGUUGGUGGACGCAAUGAGAAUGGUGCUCUGUCAACCGUAGAAAUGUACCAUCCUGCAGAGGACUUCUGGACUUAUGUAGCAGGAUUGCCCAGAUUCACAUAUGGCCAUGCAGGCACCAUUCACAAAGAUAUAGUCUACAUCUCAGGAGGCCACGAUUACCAGAUCGGCCCGUACAGACGUGACAUGCUAAGUUAUGACCCGAAAACCGCUGACACGUGGACGGAGAGACAAGCGAUGGUGUUGGCACGAGGUUGGCACUGCAUGGCAUCCCUGGAGGACAAAAUCUAUGUCAUCGGUGGCAGCGAUGACCACGAGGACAGCAUGGAACGUUUCGACGUGUUAGGAGUGGAAGCUUUCGACCCACAGACUGAUCAGUGGACCAGAAUCGCCCCUCUCUUGUACCCUAACAGUGAGUCAGGGGUAGCAGUCUUAGAUGGAAAGAUCUAUGUACUAGGAGGGUACACCUGGGAGGCCAUGGACUUUUCUGAGGGAACUCAAGUGUAUAUGCCAGACAAGGGCCAGUGGGUAUUGGGUCCGAACCUCCCGAAACACAUCGCUGGAGCCUCUGCGUGCGUGUGCCUUGUCAGACCUCAGCAAACGAACAGUAUGGAGGGUAAAACAUCAGGGCACAAAGAGAAAGACAAACAGAAUAGCAGGCAAGUGCAAGGAAGGUGAUUUUAUUGCAAUGCUUGGUUUGAAUAAUAAAAAAUGUGAUUAGUUUUUUUUCCAAACUUUUAGGAGCUGUGUGACCUAGACAGUCAGUGAGUUUGUUGGUUGUCAUGAGCCUGAUGCUGUUGACUGCUUCUGGACAGGUAUUGUUGAUAGUAUAGGUCAGUUAGGCUGGCUGAAUGAAAGUAGAAACGCUCAGAAUUACCUUGUAGUUUAGUCACAUACCCUUCUGGAGCUUUAACUUAUGUCCUGGGACCUACAGGUGAACCAAUCCUUCUGUGCUAAAAUAAAACAUCUUAAAGUGACCAUUUUACUGUACAAGACUAAAAUGAAAUAACACCAAGGAAAAUGUUUAAUUUAUUGAACUUUCAGUGCCUUAGUUAAAAUAUAAUGGUUUAGCUGGUAAACCUAACAAUUGCAGCAAUCUCUUCUUCCUUCAUACUCUAUUUCUUCAGAUGUGCUUUAUAGCCUUUAAGGGUUUCACUUGAAGGGGUAGAAUGGAUGUGAUUCCAGUCUGAGGAAUACAAACACAACCCAGUUAGGCAAUGGUUUUGUUAAUCAUAUUCAACUGACUUUGUUUCACAGAAAAUGUGCAAGCUGUACAUGUUUAUUUGCAUGUGUAAUGUACAUGCAUGUCCUUUGAGUCAAAUCCAUGACCUUAGCUAGCAACAUGCUCUACAAGUCAAGCUACACUGACAGAAAAAAUUGUCAAAAUAUGUUCCCCAGCUGGCACUAGGGGUGGUACCCAUUCGAAAAGUAUAGCUUUGUACCUAAAGAGUUCAUAUUAUUACCUUUAAAUGUAUUAAAAUACCAAAUAUAUACAUGGUAUCUGUACUUAAAGAGACCAUUUACAUAUAUUUUGACCUUGCAGAGUUAGAUUUAGAUCAGGGGUGCCCAACCCUGCUCCUGGAGGGCUACCGUCCUGCAGACUUCAGUUCCAACACACCUGUCUGUAAUUAUCAAGCAACCCGAACACCUUGAUCAGCUGCUUCAGCUGUGUUUGAUUGGGGUUGGUUGGAGCUAAAAUCUGCAGGACGGUAGCCCUCCAGGAACAGGGUUGGGCACCCCUGAUUUAGAUGUUACAUUUAUACCUUUAGCUUAACUAAAUAAUCAAAUGCAUUGGACUUUAAAAGCACUGUAUGAUAAGUGGCUCUGGAUAAAAGUGUAUGUUAAAGCGACACCAUAUAAUUUUUCAACCUUCAUAAUAAAUUUGCAAGACCCUUGUGAUAGUACAUCGACUUUAAAUAGGUUGAAUGACAUGUCUACCAUAGCCUGAAUCGCUUUUACUCAUACUUUAAAACUUAGGGUUUCGGGUAAAUGCGAUCUUCCUUAUAAAUGACGGCGAUUAUCUUGCAUAUAGUUCCCUGUAUUCCCUGCUAGGCAUGAAAAAUACAUGUCUAGCACCCCCUAGUGUCCAAAAAGUUCCGCGGUGUGCCUUUAAGCAGAUGAAUGAAAAAUAAGGAAAUUCUAAAGCGAUAAUUUUUUUUAUGUAAAUGUGGUGAUGUUUCUAUUCCAAUUGUGACAUGCAACUCGCUGUAAAUGUCUAAAUAGGCAUCAGUCUCUCUUUCAUCUUGUUUUACAUGCUAACACAUGAUGGUAAUGUCAUGCAAAUUUGUCCUGUAACUAGAAGCAAAUAGUUUUUAUGUUUAAACUAUUUCUAAUGUGGA